GCCGACUCUUGGGCCAUACAUGGACUCUGGCCUGGCAACUGCAAUGGAAAGCGGGAGGAGUAUUGCGACACACCCCGGGAGUACACUGGCGUUCGUGCAAGUAUUCACGCUAAGGGGGGAGACCGCAUUACCAAGUUACGGAGACCGGUAUUGGAAAGACUGCCAAGGUAACGAUGAGACCUUCGGGAAGCACAAAUGGGACAAACAAGGGGCUUGCAUCAACACUCUCAGCGCCGAAUGUUGUUCCGGAUAUUCUUCUGGAGAACUAGUUGAUUAUUUCCGGAUUACUGUUGAUUCGUUCAAGACUUUGGAACCUUACAAGGUGAUUAAACCCCUGUCACCAGGUUUGAGACAAACUACCCUCCAGUUUCUUCAAACAGACCCUGGCGGGUUGCUGGUAUUUAUCAUGCCUUCCUCCACAAAGAACUACACAUCUACCGCUAUCCAGAAUGCUCUUACCGCGGCCCAUGGUUUUCGGGUUACCAUU